AUGUCCACUGAUAUAGACUACAGUCGUCUCAAGGACGACUUGAUAAUUGAGUAUGCUAAAAAGAGAUUAAUUAUUGAAAAGAAAGCUGCGGCUUCGAAUCUUUCCGAAGUACAGCGAUCAAUGUCUCUUCAAAUGAUGAAAUCGAUCUACACGCACUUGAACUGUUUGGAAUCUUACGAGAACGCCAAUUCAUUAGAUAAAGCUCUCGAUGCAAUAGAUUUAGCCAAAAUUUACGAAAGUGUCGACCGUCGUGAACAGGAAAAAACCAAUACCAAGUUGAAUUACGACGACUUUGUGGUUCUUGAAUUGCUACGAUACUUUAAACAUGAUUUCUUCAAGUGGGUAAAUUCCCCCUCAUGUCCGUGUGGCUCCACGGAUGUACUGACCGUUGGCGUCAAACGUCCCGACUCUGCCAAUAAUCCCGAUCAAAUUUCCAUCAUUGAAAUCCAUCAAUGCCAAAAGUGUCAUCAUCAAAUUGAAUUCCCACGUAUAAAUAAUCCCGUAUCGUUGCUCCGUACACGCACAGGUCGAUGCGGGGAAUGGGUCAAUUGCUUUUUGUUAAUCUUGACAGCUUUGAUUGGAGAAGGCAAGGAUAGGAUCCGGUACGUGUGGAAUAAUGAGGAUCACGUAUGGUGCGAGUAUUAUUCCUCGGGCUUGAGAAGAUGGGUCCAUUUGGAUCCGUGCGAGGGUGUAUUCGAUGAAACAUUAUUGUAUUGUGACAACUGGGGGAAACGAAUGUCAUAUGUUAUUGGAUUCAACAAGAAUAGCGUGGUCGAUUUGAGCAAAAAGUAUAUAACCAAGGACAAACAAAUUGAUCAACUGCUGGUGGCUGAUCCUUCAAAAGUGGAGAAAGUGAUUACAUAUUACAAUGUGAAGAAAGCAGACGACUAUCUUACUCAGUCAAAGUCAAUAUAUUCGGAGAGGGAGCUGUGGAAAGCAUUGUACACGGAUGUAUUUGUUCCAAGAAAUUUAGAACGUGGUGAGUUGAGGACCGAAGAAGAAGCAACUGUAUCAUCUGAUUUACCCAAAGGUCGUCAAACAGGGUCGGUGGAGUGGACAAAAGCUCGUGGUGAGGAUGGAUAG